AUUCCUGAUCCCCAUUGCAUUCCAGCAGACCAACCGCCCUGUACCAGUUGUAUAUUCACUCAAUACUGAAUUUCAGCUCUGCAAUAAUGAGAAGGUAUUCCUCAUGGAUCCCAAUACAUCUGACAUGUCACUGGCAGAAAUGGAUUAUAAAGGGGCCUUCUCAAAAGGACAAAUCCUUUAUGGCCGAGUACUUUGGAAUCCAGAACAAAACCUUAAUUCUGCUUACAAACUCCAGCUGGAAAAAGUCUAUCUUUGUACCGGCAAGGAUGGCUAUGUGCCUUUCUUUGAUCCCACGGGGACAAUCUACAAUGAAGGGCCACAGUAUGGAUGCAUUCAGCCCAACAAACACCUAAAACACAGAUUUCUACUGCUGGACCGCAGUCAGCCUGAGGUCACUGAUAAGUACUUCCAUGAUGUGCCCUUUGAGGCCCAUUUUGCUUCUGAGUUGCCUGAUUUCCAUGUGGUCAGUAGCAUGCCAGGUGUGGAUGGAUUUACUCUGAAAGUGGAUGCACUCUAUAAGGUGGAAGCAGGACACCAGUGGUAUCUCCAGGUGAUCUACAUCAUUGGCCCUGACACGAUGGCAGGGCCCCGGGUCCAGCGCUCUCUCACAGCCCCUCUGAGGCGCAACCGGAGGGACCUGGUGGACCCCAGUGGCCAUCUGACCCUUGAUGAUUCCCUCAUCUAUGACAAUGAAGGGGACCAAGUCAAGAAUGGCACCAACAUGAAGUCCCUGAGUCUUGAGAUGCACGAGCCGGUUGUAGCUGCUUCUCUAUCCCAAACUGGGGCCUCUAUUGGCAGUGCCCUGGCCGCGAUCAUGCUUCUCCUUCUGGUGUUUCUAGCAGCAUGUUUCAUCACCAGGAAAUGCCAGAAGCAGAGAAGGAAACUGCCCGCUGAGGACAUUUUGGAGGAACACCCUCUGAACACCAAGGUGGAUGUGUCUAAGAGGAGCUCGGACAGGGUGGAGAAGAACGUGAACAGGCACUACUGCACCGUGCGGAAUGUCAACCUACUGAGUGAAACCGAGGGGGCUUAUGCAUUCAAAGGUGCUAAAGUAAAAAAAUUGAAUCUGGAAGUCAGAGUCCACAACAAUUUACAAGAUGGAACAGAAGUGUAAUGGGGGAGACCAAUGUGUAUUUUUUUUUCUAAAAAUCAUUUUUAUAAAACAGGGGGAAAUACUGGUAUUUUUAUAAUCUUGCAGAUUAAAAAGGGAAAACUACAGCUUUGAAUGGCGGGAGGCACACACACAUCACAUGCAUCGACUCACAACUGAGCUACCUCAUUAAACAAAGAACCACUGAGACCCCAGAGUUGUGGAGCAGACUUCUUUUCAGUGGAUCCCUUUUACAGUGUCAGCAGCUACAGACUGCUCCUUCCGUAAGGCUGGUCUUGGAAAGCAAGUAUGUCGGUAUCGGGCAGGGUGUAGACUAUUCAGCUAGCUGAUGGAAUUCAGCGGACUGGGAGAUGUCUGUAUGAUGUUAGAUCUCCGGAGGGGCAGGGAGAUAGGACAUUCAGGGCCAUUGGUUUUCUCUCCCACCUCCAGCUUUCUUCUACUUGGGCUUUUCCUGGGCCUGUGUACAGCAGAGUUUGGAUUGCUGACGCUCGGAUUCCAUUCAGAAUUCUGCUAAUCAGCACAGCCUAUAUUUGCUCAUUGUAUCUGCUUGACAGCUUGCACUCCAUGGCCUCUAACUGUCCUUUGAAAGUCCAGAGCCUUUUCAUCUGGGGGUUUCCAGGUGUUCUAGACGAGAGCUCUUUUCCGUAACUUGCAGGGAGAAACCAUAGAACCUCCUCUUCCCCUCCCCCCACAUCAGAUAACUGGCACUGCAGAACCUCCUCCCUUACAGAAGGGCAGACUAAAGCCCCGGGGGAAAGGGGAGACUGACAAGCACUCAAACAUAUUAGUGAUGGACUGCACCCAAGGCCCAAGGGGACAUCCCUGUUCCCGACUGGUUUACACUGCACCAAGGACACAUGAAAACAUCCUGCCUGACAAAGAACGCUGCAAAACAAGGUCAGUGCAGCCGGCCUUUUUAUUCCCCAUCGCUGUGGAUGCUUAAAAACCCACCACACUUUCCUGUUGCCCCAGGCUUUGCCGACUCUGAUAAGAGACAGCCCCGUAUACUUGGCUGGCUGCGAGUUUUUUAUUUUGUGAGCAUUUCAGAAAAGUAAGUGAUUCAUUUGAAUAAAGCAAAUUAGGAGACAGCUCAGCUCAGAGUGAAAUCUGAGUUAAUAGAUGCCAACUAGUACUCACAACAGAUAAAGUAUCAACACUCAUAGCAGAUAAAGGCACUGAUCCUGGUAUGGUUUUUCAGAGAUUUCUCUUGGGGGGGGGUGGGUUCUUUUCUGGUAGCUCAGGCACUAUUUUUACCAUAUCAGCACAUG